AUUUUUAUGUAGAUAAUGGCAUCUUAUCUUAGCGUAAAAAUUUUUUACGUUGUUGUGUCUUAUUUGUAUUUAUUUCUAUUUUAAUUAAAGGAUAUAGCUAAUGAUCAGCUUUUGCACUGUGUAAUAUAGCUGACAUUACUUAUGAAGCGAAGAUACUCUUGUUUUUAAGCAUUGCUUUAUUUUGAAAUCAAUUUUAUGUCUGGAUUCGUGAGCGUCAGGUUGACUUCUAACAAGAGAAGAAGAAAAAUCUUACAUGUACGAUUGAGAUUGAAUUAUUCUUAAUAUAUUCAAAGUUUUCAAACAUAAAUUGUGUGACUGUUACCUCCUUAGUCUGUUUUACGUUUCUAUAUACUAAAAUUAUUGACUGGUAAGUAGUGAGAAAUAAAAUUAUUUCCUGAAUCAAAAACACUUCACGAUGGCGGUGUAUAUUCAUCAAACGUAUCCUCAAGGAGUAGAUGUUGCAUACCAAGAUUUGGGAAAUCGAGGUUUGCAACAACAUCAAAUGUACGCAGAGCCUGUUAUUCAACAACAUCAGAUAUAUCGAGAUGCUGCUGGGGUACAGCAACAAAUAUAUGCAGAACAUUUAUUACCGCAACAGGUCUAUAGAGAGGAAGAUUUGCAACGGCAUGCUCAAUUAUAUCGUGUUGAAGAUUUGCAACACACUCAAAUAUAUCAUGAGGUUCCUCAAGAAGCUCAGCCAGCAGCCCCACCCCCUCAAUCCACUCCAGCACAUGUUUGUGAUAUUUGCAAUAAAACUUGCAAGUCAAAAAGUGAUUUGCAAUCACAUUAUGCUGGUCACACUGGGGAAAAAGCUCAUAUUUGUGAUGUUUGCCACAAAGGUUUUACUCAAAAAAGUAGUCUUCAAACUCAUUACUUAAUUCAUACUGGUGAUAAACCUCAUGUUUGUGAUGUUUGCAACAGAGGGUUCACUGAUAAGAGUACAUUGCGUAAACACAGUUUAAUCCACACUGGCCAAAAACCACAUGUGUGUGAUAUUUGUCAAAGAGGCUUUGUCCAAAAAAUUACACUACGAAAACAUUACCUCACUCAUACUGGAGAGAAAAACCAUAUUUGUGAAAUAUGCAAUAAAGGUUUUGCUCAAAAAAGUACUCUCCGAACCCACUAUUUGGUUCAUUCUGCUGAUCGAGAAGGUAAGAGGAAACCAAGAAAAGGUAAAGGUAAGAAAGGGGAGGACAGUAGAGACGAAAUUAUUGUACCUGUACCUGAUGAAGAGGCAGUUAUACAGCAAGAGCAACAGAUGCAGGAACAGGCUGCUGAAACAGUAGAAGUAGAACAAGGUGUUGAUCUAGAGCAAGCACAAGUUCAUGUUGUAACAGCAGUCCCUGCUGAUCAAGAACAAGUUGAUAUAACAUUUGCAGACAACAGUGGCUCACAUGAUCCAGCUUUGCUGCAAGAACAGCAAGUAUUUUUAGAAAGUGCACAAGCAUUUGCAACGAUUGAUCAGCCACUCACACACAUGGUGCAUCAAGCUUUGAAUAUUGGACCUCAUGGCAUUCAGCCUCUAAUGACUGUGGAUCAGCAAGGAAUUGCCCACCUUGGUCAACAAGCUUUGUCUCAACUUGGUCAUCAAACUUUAGCUCAAAUUGGACACCAGACUUUUGCUAUUAUUGGUCAACAGCCUUAUACUUCGAUUGACCAACAGCCUCUUAGCCAUAUUGUUCAUCAAACCAUGGCUCCAAUUGUAGCUGAUCAAAAUGUGCCUCCUCCUGGUUUUCCCUUGACCUGCGACCAAUGUCCAAAACAAUUCAAACGGAAAUGUGACCUCCAGAAACAUUACAUGAUCCAUACCGGAGAGAAAAGCUUUUUCUGUGAGACAUGUAAUAAGGGUUUCAUGACAAAGAAUGCCUUGCAGAAACACAUAUUUGUGCACACAGGUGAAAAACCUCAUUCCUGUAGUAUAUGUAGCAAAGCAUUUACAAAAAAGAGCAGCCUUGCUACACACUAUCUUAUUCAUACAGGCGAGAAACCACACAACUGUAGUUAUUGUGAUCGUAGAUUUAAAGAUAAAAGUACAUUGCGCAAACAUCUUCAAAUCCAUACUGGUAUAAAGAAUCAUGUUUGUGAAAUUUGUUCCAAAGCUUUUGUACAAAAAAGCACCCUUCGUAAACACCAAGUUACUCAUACAAAAGAGAAGCUUUUUCAGUGCGAAACCUGCCAGAAACGAUUUACUCAAAAAUAUAGCUUGCAUGUUCAUUAUCAAAUUCAUAAACGCCCUAGACCAUUUCGGUGUGAUCAGUGUGAGGAAGCAUUUACGAAUAAGCUUGAACUAGAUAAACAUUACAGAAUACAUACUGGUGAAAAACCGCAUACCUGUCACAUUUGCAAAGAAGGAUUUGAUGAAAAGGCACGAUUAAAUCGUCAUAUGUUAGGACAUACUGGUGAAAAACCUUUUGUAUGUAACAUAUGUCAAAGAGGUUUUAAAGACAAAUGCAAUAUGCAAAGACAUUAUCUGACACAUACAGGGGAGAAGCCUUUUGCUUGCGAUUUAUGUGAAAGACGAUUCAGGGAAAAGGCAAAACUUCUUAAACAUAAAGCUCGCCGUCAUAAGAGCAAGCCUAAGACGGUUAGAACGCCACAGCCUAUUCGUAAAGUAAUCAUUAUCAAAACCCUUUCUACUGAUUAUUAUUAUAAUCGAAAAUACUACUAAAGUCUAUUGUUUUUGUCGCUCUAAAUAUUGAGAUGCUCAUUAUUUUGGAUAAACGAAUCGUGCAUGUCCUGUGUGUGAAGUUUCAGUUUAUUAGCUUUUAAGUGUGAAAGUAUUUGCAUAAUAGCUAUAAUUUUCUAUUUUUAAUAAAAUAUUCCUAGACAAAUAAUAUAAAUCUAUUUAUUAUAGGGCAUUAAAAUAAGGUGCAUUCAUAUUUAACACUUCAACUGUCUAAAAUUCUGUUUAGAAUACUAUCUGUCUAUCAAAAGAUUAACUCCAAAGAUUGUUUUGAAACUUCUUUUUUCUUAUAAAUAUCUGUUUGUAAUGUUUUUCUCACAAUGGGAAAUAUAAUGUAAAAUAUAUUCUACUCAAAAUAUAACCAAAGUAAAUAUAUGUAUAACUCCAAUAUAAAAUAGAUAAUUCUUAUGAAUAAACUUUAAUUUCCCUAAAAAUUAAAAAAAUCUAUUAAUGAAUAGGUUCCAUGGCUUUGGCUAUUGUAUAAUUCAUACACAUUUUGAAGGUAUGGCUGUUACUAAAGUCAAUUAUUUGAGUAUAUUUUAGGUGUUACAGCGAAUGGCCGUUAUCUCAUUUACAAAAUCGGAACUGCCACUUUCUGCUGUACCUACAAUACAGAGUAAUAAUCUAUUAUAACAGUAUUCUCUAACAUUUCUCAUAUCUGGGGCUUAUCUUGUGGUAGACAGAUAGUAGAACUAACCACAGAAGGCUUUCGUGUGUGUUACUUUUUUUUAAUGCAAGAACGGUGUAUAUAUAUAUAGCAGUACAGACUUUUGUGAGUGUGCUUUUAUUUUAGUCCAAAGACUGAAUCGUUAAAAGGUUAAAUUUUGUGUUUUGAUUAUUAAUCUCAUUUUAUUUUUUAAGAAAAAUUCUUUUUUUUCUUUUGUUGCUUAAAUCUAUAAUAUGAUAGCGUGAAUUGUAAAUUUAAAAAUUUGGUUAUUAUCUGACUUAAUAAAUGUUUGUUAUGAAAAAGAUUUCUUUAACUGAAAUUGUAGCAUUCAAAAAUAUUUAUCAGUAUUCUUAUGCUUUUUGUUAUGUGUAUUUCUUUUUUAUUUCUAAUGUUAAUUUGUAAUUAACAUCAAAUUCAUUUUCUGUUAUUGUAUUUUCAUAAACUAAAAUUUCUCAUUAGUGUUGCGGGGUAAGAACAUAAUUUAUUCAGCAAUAUUUUUCAUUGAUAAAUUUUAGAUAUUCUUUUAAUACAAUAUUUCUCUAUUCCAAUAAUCAAGUAGAAUUU